AUGCCCGACACCGACUACGACGACCUCCCCUCUCCCCCUCGGGCUCGCUCGCACAGCCGCACCGGCGCCGCAGGUGCCGCAGGACGGCUCUACGGCCGCAAGGCGGCGCGCAAGCCCGUCGGCGGGAGCGCGCACCAUGGUGGAGGUGGCGGCGCGAGCGGCGAGGAGGGGAGCGGCGGGGAGAGCUCGCCCUCGGUCGAGGCUCGCAGCGUGGGUGGAGGGUCGCAGCGCAGCUCGAGGAGCUCGAGGAGCCAGGGAGCGGCGCGAGGGCAGGGCGGGCGGGCAGGCAAGGUGACGAGGCGCGGGAAGGAGCGCGAGGCGGACGAGGAGAGUGACGAGGGCAACGACGACGAGGUCGGACUGGGCAUUGCGCCUGGUGGACGGUCUCGCGUCAAGGGCAAGCUCCACACGGCGAGGCCAAGCUCCAGCUUGACUGCCGUGCGCCCAUCGUCGUCCUCGAUCUUCAGCCUCUAUCGCAGCGGCGAUAACGGCGGCGCGACGUCCGACCGCGUCGGACGGGCCAAGCGCACGGCGACCGAGGAGGACGAGCAGGAGCAGAACAAGCGGUCCAGGUCCAGCGCGGCAUCGUCGCAGCGCGCCCGCUCGCCUCGCAGCAGCUCGACGUUCAGCAGCCCUCGCAAGCGUGCCCUCGGCGACAAGUCCAACCUCACCGCCGACUCGCCCCGCAAGGCCUCGCGCGCCCGACCUUCGCAACUCGUCCUCCCCGGUCCCUCGACCACCACCUCCUCGUCUCGCUCGCCUCGCGCCUCGGCCUCGAGUCUCGGCGUCUUCCGCGACCAGCCGUCGACGAGCGCAGCCGCCCACCCGGCCGCAUCCUCCUCCAGCCACCUUGCGCCGCCGCCGCCCAUCCCGCCGUCGACGGCCCAGUCCGCCUCUCGCGCUCGCCCGCCUCGUGCCGCCCUCGCUGUCACGGCCCAGUCGAUGCCGCACCGAGCGCCGACCUUCUCGACCAGCCUCGCGCGUUCGACCUCGCCCGACCUGUCCGGCGCCCGAGGCGCGCUCAACCCGCCGCCCUCGCCUCGCGCGCCCCAGCCCGCCUCGCCGGCACGCCUCGGCGUCCCAGGUGGCUCGCGCCCCUCGCUCGGCGCACCGGGCAUGCCCGCACCAUGGGCGCUCGCGGCCCCGGCCGGCCAGCACUCGAGCUCGCCCCGUCGCGCGCACGAGCCCGUCGUCGAGCACGGCGCGCCCGUCUUCCGCUACACGACGAGCGAGUUUGACGACGCGCCGUCGUUGCAGCUGAGCCUCGGCGACGGCGGUGCGGCCGAGGACGAUGGCGCGGGCAUGGAGUCGAGCAUCGUGCUCGAGACGUGGGAGGACGAGCAGAGCCGGCGCAGCGAGGCGCGCGAGCCCGUCCUCGAGGGGCUGCUCGCCGAGGGAGCGGAGCACGAGAUGGCCGACGACGAGGGCGGCAGCGACGACGAGGUGGGCGACAUGACGCUGCGGCCGGGAGCGGGCCUCCUCGACGUCAGCGCGAGCGAGGAGAUGCCCAUGGACGACGAUGCCGGCGCAGCGCAAGGCGGCGAUGCUGCCGAGCGGGACGACGAGGAGAGUGAGUUGGGCGCGGACGACCUCGUGCUCGUCGGGCGCGCGCCAAAGGCGCGCGAGCCGGUCGUCGCGCCCAACUUGGCGGACGAGGAGGACGGCGACGCGACGAUCAAGGCGCCCUCGCGACUCGCUCGUCGAGACGAGCCGGCGCAGGCGCUCGACGAUGCGCAGCAGCCCGCCGCGCCCGACAGCCCCGACCAGCACCUCGCCGACCAUUUCUGGCCCGCACGCACCUCCUCCUCCUCUUCCUCCUCGUCGACCGCCUCGCCCCGCCGUCGCCCCGUCAAGAUCUCCUUCUCCGCCUCGCUCAUGCCGCCCCGUCGUCCUCGCCUCUCGGUCGACAAGCCGCUCGAGGACGGGCCGCUGUCCGACGAGGAUCCGCUCGGCUACGCCCUACGCACGACGGCCACCUACUCGUCCGAGGACGACCUCGCCGACUCGGCCCCGAGCGACGAGUCGGCGCUCGAGGACUACCUCGCCGAGCGCGAGGUCGGCCGCGCCGUCAAGCCGACGUCGGGCCAGCGCGACAAGCGCGUCGCGGCGAGCGCGCGAGCGCGGCGGCUUCGUCUCGUCGACGGUGCGCGCGAGGGCCUCGAGCGCAAGGUGCUCGACGUCGACGAGGCGGACAUGCGCGGCGCGCUGCGGCGGCUGCUCGAGGCGAGGGCCGAGGGAGCGGACGAGCAGGAGGAGGAGGCGCUCAAGGCGUGGCACAAGCAGAAGAAGCAGUGGGUGACGGGGCGCGAGUGACUGAGGGGUCUCUUGUAGUGAUAUUGCAUCGUGCAGCUUUGCUUGCUU